CAAAUGUAGAAGGUAUUUUCUUAAUUAAAAACUUCCUGAUCUUUCGUCGUUUGGGCAUAGAACAACUAUUCAUUCAUGGUUCAGGGACAUACUAUAUGUUCGGGGAUGUAUUUUCAUGGCACAGAAUGCUCAACACCUGUUUAUCAUCUUUGCGCCGUGGCAGCAAUGCUGUGACGGAGAUAACGACUUCGCGUUCGUUCGGCAAUCUCGCUCACGAGAGAAUUGAUGUCGAUGUCGCCGCCACGGCUUACGUGUUGUAAGGUUAAUGCAGUAGUCGAAGAUAAAGGAAAUGCGCUAUGUCUUUUGUGUCAGUGAAUUUCAUUUGUAUUUUUGUGAUCUUUUUAAUCUCUGAGUGUGCUCUAUCGUUCCCAGAAGCAGGGAAAUGGGAACAAACGUAUUAUAUGAGUAAUGUUUCUGCUUCAAAGGAAAUUAGGUUUCCCAAAAGUUUAUAUGCAGGAUCAGAAAUUUAUAUUACUGUUGGGUGUGCUCCUCAACACAAUGAAGAUAGAUCUAUAGAUGUGUCCUGGUCCAUAAAUGAUCUAAUGUGUUGGAAUGAUUAUAUACUUACAAAUGAUGAGCCUGAUGUAGGAAAUGUUCUUAGAAAACCUGGUGGUUCUACUAACAAAAAAUGUGGUCCACAGAUAAGUUUGGAUCGGAUUCCUUCCGAGGUUCUCUCAGAGACUCCUAAACCUCUAGAUGAGUACCAAAGCAAGAAGGCAAAUAAACGAGCAGCAAGCAGUGAAAACACCAUUUCCACAAACAAUACAUCAGUUCCUACUCCACAGAUAGAUGAGAACCGUCCCAAAAAUCCAAAGAAAGGAAUACAUUCUGUCUAUACAGUACCUGUAGAUGGGCUGUAUGUUUUGGAUGUUAGAAUUGUGGGUGAGAAUAUGAAUGUGACAAUGGAAGUCAAGAUGGUCGGACAUCAUGGUUAUUUGUCUGCUGUGGAUUGGCCACUUCUUCCAUUUUAUGGAGCUAUGUGCGUAGUUUAUGUGAUUUUUGGAUUGGUGUGGUUGGCAGUAUCUUUCUGUCAGUGGCGUGAUUUGCUGCGGGUUCAGUUCUGGAUUGGUGCAGUAAUCCUUCUUGGAAUGCUUGAAAAGGCUACGUUUUAUGCUGAGUAUCAGAGUUUAAAUUCUACUGGCAAAUCAGUCCGUGCAGCAGUACUUCUUGCUGAAUUGGUUUCCUGUGCCAAACGUACACUUGCAAGAAUGCUGGUGAUAAUAGUAAGCCUUGGAUUUGGCAUAGUCAAGCCACGCUUGGGCCCUACCCUACAUCGAGUUAUAUUGACAGGGACAUUAUAUAUGCUGCUGGCAGCAGUGGAGAGUUAUUUACGUGUUGGUCAAGUGAAAGAUGACUCAGCUGGUCGUCAGCUUCUUCUAGCAAGUGUACCUCUAGCUGUGUUGGAUAGAGUAAAAAUGCGAGGUUCGAACCGCAGUAAUUCUCCCAAGCCCCCCAAAUCAACGAAUACAGCAGAGGAUGAUUUAAAAUGGGUAGAAGAAAAUAUUCCUUCUUCGAUGCCUGAUACGGCUUUGCCUGUACUGGAUUCUGAUGAGGAAAUAAUGACUACAAAAUUUGAAGUAUCAAAAAUGCAGUGAUGCAGGCAAGUUUGCAUAACUUGCACAAACAUUUGUAUAUGUAUUGUGUUCAUCCUGGAAGGUGCAGAAACAGGACUGCUUAUUCUUUUCUUAGAGUUUUACAGACUUUUAGUACUUGUUUCAAAUGUGAUAAUUCUGAAGAAUGAUUGACAUUGUCUCUGACUCGUGAUGUUUAAAAAAAUAUUUUCUUUGUUUUCAUUGUUUUUCCUAGCUUUGUGUUAUAUAUUUUGCUGUUAUAUUUUCCAUGAUGCACACAUGAAGAACUGUGUUCCAUUGUAUUUAUGUAUGCUGGCACACCAAAGUAACGGUAGUUACACUUAAUUAAAUUGAAGACUUGUGCAUUUUGCAGUAUUAACUAAUGUUUAUACAAUGGGAAAUAAAAAUAAAACUGACAUUUUUUUCUGAUCUAAACUUUCUUGCAAAAAUGACAAGAACAGAUGUUAUUUUUGUUGUAAGUUUAUUCAUGUAAUACACGUUACUCACAUAUCAUGUAUUACGUGUUGAACUCUUGUAUCAAAUUGUAACAAAUAUUUUUCUUGUAGAUUUGUUGUGACUGGGAUGUUCUAGAUUUUACAGAACAUUAUCAAAUUUAGUCUCCAGAGAAUGUUCUUGCAAUUUGUAUUUUGCAGCAUAGACUGUUUUAAAACAAAAUAAUUUGAUCUUCCAUUGCUUUCAUACUAUCAUAAUCUAUUUGAAUUUGGAGUUAUUCAUUAGUGAAGAAGAGGAAUAUUUAUUAAACAUUUCUUUAAAAAAAGUUUCAAAAAUUCCAUUUUUUCAUUCUUAGGUUUUAAAAAGAAAAUUUUAUUAAGAUUUUCUGAUUUGAAGUCAUAAAUUUAAUGAGCAUUCUUGUAAUUUUAUGUAGUUCUUAGUGAAAAGGCAGUUGAGUGUUCCAGUGAACUGAAUCUCCUCUGCAUCACUCUGUCUUGGGCAAGCCUGCUCUAAGCCAAUAUUUACUUGUUUGUGAAUUACUAUUUUUUUAAUUGAAACUUAGGUCAGUUAUAAAGAAAAAGGAUAAUUUUAUAUUUGUUAACAACCAAUUUGAAAGUGCAAGUCUGUUUUGCUUGAAUAAUAUAAUUUUAGGUUUAGGAACACCUCUGUUCCUCACAUUGGCUGUGGUCCUGUAAGAUUAUUAACUAUUCAAUGUUUUUCAGUUCCUGCUGUAUCUGUAAUUGUACAUACAAUUUAUGCAGUACAAUAAAAAAAACUUUCUGCUAUAUAUCAGUUGAAUAUUUUAAGACUGAUGUAGAAAAAGAGCAUGUCUGUUGUGUACAAUCGUUUAUUAGUAGACAGUGGCGGCUGGUCC